AUACAUUCUGAUGAUGUUUUUAGCCCUUGUGGAGCAUGACACGGAAACUAAUCCUGAAUCUGUCAUAAAACAUGUAUUUUAAACCUCCCUUUUGUUUCCGAGGCUGUGCUCCCAUGGACCUGUCUACCUUGUCGUCAGUCUCUGACAGCGUCUGCGUGCUCUGGGGCUGUGAGUUAAAGGAGACCCAGAAGACGGUUGUCUUUGACGUAGAGGAGGAUCUGCUGGAGCACCAGUUCUUCAUACGAACCAUCUGCUUGAGUGCUGAGGCCACUGUGGAGAUGCAUGUGGUGGAGGUUAACGACAGGGUGGGCGUCUGCUCCGACCUGGUGCCCAUCGCUACCCUGCACCCCCUGUGCCAGCCCAUGGUGAGCUUCAGUGGGUUUGAGCUCACGCCCCCAGUCACCUUCCAGCUUCGCUCUGGGCCUGGUCCUCUUUUCAUCACGGGACAGCACGUCACCUUGACGUUGGAAGACGAGGACGAGUUUGAGCCGAGGAACGUGUUAACCUGGAUGCAGCCCCAUGUGGCUGACAAAGACAUAGAACGGCUCUGGCUCUAGUCAUCACCCUCUGCAGGUCACAGAGGUCUCUAAACCUCCACGUUAUUAAGAAUUUGUUCAGCUGUCAUAUUAAAUGCACUUUGUGAUGCUAGUGC